AUGCGGAUGGAAAGUGCUAAGCAGGUCGAAACAAUUUCACUGCCGCUUGUUAAUCUGAAGACACUCUAUGACUGUGACGAGUCAGAAUGUCAGAAACUCCUUGACGCAUGUCGCAAUGAAGGAAUUUUCUACCUCAACAUCGCCAGCGCUGACCGACGGAUCCGUGCAAUCGUCAAAGACAUUGACACGCUGAACCACGAGAUCUUCAAGUUACCCAUUCAUGAGUUGAUGCGUUACGAUGUCGAUAAGCUGUCCCCAGAAUGGAAGCUCAACGGAUAUAAGCCUGUGGGUCGCAAUCGAGGAGGACUUUCUGAUGGAAAGGAUGGCUUCGAAUCCUACAAUAUACCCAAAGAUGGCAUCCUGUCGCUUGACGACCUCGAGUGGAAGAGACCAGCAUUAGUCGACAAAUAUUUAUAUGCCCUCCGUAUUUACUGCGGCGCCAUCUCAGACGCGGCAUACACGAUUCUCAGCACGCUUUCCAGACUUCUGGAAAUCCCGAUGGACGCUCCGUCGCUGCAAGAUCUGCAUCGUAGCUGCGAGGUCGCCACUCCGGAUCCACUACGAUUGCUGCGAUACCACGCUCUCUCACCGUCGGAGAAACGAGUAUCGCACAUUGAACAUACAGAUCUCGGAUCACUCACCUUCCUAUGGUCAAAGCAAAGGGGCUUGCAAAUCCAACGAGACAAGGAAUGGCACUUUGUUCAGCCUCCACCUAUGGGCAUUGUCAUAGUGAAUGUUGGAGAUUGCCUAAGCAUGCUGACUAACGGGUACUUCAAGUCUUGCUCUCACCGUGUUGUUCCAGAUCCCGGGCUCGAACAUGUAGAGAGGUACAGUUUUGCAUAUUUAAUGAGACCGGAGGGAAAGACGCCGAUGAAGCCGAUACGAAGCCUCUUGUUGGGCACAGAGGCUCCAGAGGAUCAAACCAUGAUGAAGCCAAGGCAAAGCCUCUUACUGGGUACUGUAGGUCCAAAGGGUAAUAUUAGCAUGAAGCCGGUACACUUACUGGGCACAAGACAUCCAGAGGAUGAUAAGGGCAAAGUCAUGACAAGUGAAGAGUGGCUGCAAAUGAAGUUCAGUAUGCUGAGGGGUGAUACGUGGAAUAGCGAGAAGGACUGGAUUUUGACUGGUGUGAAGGAGGUGCAAACGACACGGUAG